UGUAAAAAACCACUACAAAUAACACCACCAUCACCCUUAUUCACCAACCAACUCUUCACUCUCUCAAAACACCAACAACAACCUCAUUGCUCACAAUAUUGAAAAAAUUACAUUAUAUUUUUUAUUUACUAAGCGAAUUGGAGUCACCAAUUCAUCAUGCAUAACCCUGUUACUACUCGAGAACCCAGUUCAGUUCUCGAUUUAGGGUCCCAAAUCCGUCGUUUCACUCUCGAUUCGACGUUUUUGAACCCUAGCUCCGACACGUGCUCCUCCGUGCUCUCCAAUUUCCUCUACUUCAACAACACCACCACUGUCGCUCGGGGAGCCAAACGCGGCGUUUCGGUGAGCUUGCGCGCUGGAGGGUUACCGUUCCGGAGGAUUCUCCAUGACUUCAACAGUGCUGUCAGGUUCCACUGUGAGAGAAUCCCCAUCGGGUUCGCGUCGCUGCGGGUCGGUGAGGGUGAUGGUAACGGUGGCGGUGACGGAGUGGGUUCCGGUGCCGGUGAUGGGAACGGGGUUGGAGAGGGUGGGCGCGGUGUUGUGGAGGAUGAGAGAGGGCAGUUGAGUGGUGCUGACGGUGACCGUCCUAAGAAGGUUCUGAUUUUGAUGAGUGAUACUGGUGGUGGUCAUCGAGCUUCUGCUGAAGCUAUCAAAGCUGCGUUCUAUGAAGAAUUUGGCGAUGGUUACCAGGUGUUUGUAACUGAUUUAUGGACUGAACAUACGCCUUGGCCAUUCAAUCAACUCCCCAAGAGCUAUAGCUUUUUGGUGAAACAUGGGCCAUUGUGGAAGAUGGCAUACUAUUCCACUGCCCCACGUUUAGUGCAUCAGUCUAAUUUUGCGGCAACUUCAACAUUCAUUGCUCGUGAAGUUUUUAGAGGGUUAAUGAAAUAUCAGCCAGAUAUAAUAAUCAGUGUGCAUCCACUGAUGCAACAUGUUCCACUUCGUAUUUUGAGGGCCAAGGGUCUCUUAAAGAAGAUUGUUUUUACCACAGUCAUCACUGAUUUAAGCACAUGCCAUCCAACAUGGUUUCAUAAGCUUGUAACUAGAUGCUAUUGUCCAACAGCUGACGUUGCCAAAAGGGCACUGAAAGCUGGACUCCAGCAAUCCCAAAUAAAGAUUUAUGGCUUACCUGUUCGACCUUCCUUUGUUAAGCCUGUUCGAGCAAAGGAUGAACUAAAGAGAGAUUUAGGGAUGGAUGAGGAUCUUCCUGCUGUAUUAUUGAUGGGGGGAGGUGAAGGUAUGGGCCCCAUUGAGGCCACUGCUCGUGCACUUGGAAAUUCAUUGUAUGACGAGAAUCUAGGGGCUCCUGUUGGUCAGAUCCUUGUGAUCUGUGGUCGCAAUAAGAAGCUUGCUAACAAACUCAACUCUAUUAAGUGGAAGAUUCCUGUGCAGGUCAAGGGUUUUGUUACCAAAAUGGAGGAAUGUAUGGGAGCUUGUGAUUGCAUCAUUACAAAGGCGGGACCUGGGACAAUUGCAGAGGCCAUGAUCCGAGGCCUUCCUAUUAUCUUGAAUGAUUACAUUGCGGGGCAGGAAGCUGGCAAUGUUCCCUAUGUAGUUGAAAAUGGUUGUGGGAAGUUCUCUAAAUCGCCUAAGGAGAUAGCUAAAAUUGUCGCGGAUUGGUUUGGUCCAAAAGCUCAUGAACUAACAGUAAUGUCACAAAAUGCAUUGAAGUUAGCAAGGCCAGAUGCAGUAGUCAAGAUAGUACAUGACCUUGACGAGCUUGUAAGGCAAAGAAGCUACUUACCAGAGUAUUCUUGUAUAGCUUAACUGAUCAUAGUGAUGCAAUUUUUUGUCAUGGGGUGUUAUGAGGAAUUUGUACAAGGCAGCACAAAUGUAUACAUUAGAAAAAUGAGUAUAUGUUGUUCCACCUUUUUCAUAUCAUUGUUUAGAUACUCAUUUGAAAUUAAUAUAAUUUUGGCUGUUUUGGCAUGACA